CAAAAACAUACAAGUUCAUACCAAAAAACUGUCAGUUCGAUCCCUACGCUACCAUCACAAACCCAAUGAAAAAUUACCACAAGCUUUUUAGGAUCUGAUUAACAAAAUUUGGAUCACAAACUCUAACAAUAUUAACUGAAACUGGCAACUUAUGCCUCUAGUUGAGUUCCAAACACACCUUUUUUAAAAAAAAAAAAAGAAAAAAAGAAUUGGGACAGGGGAAAUGGAGAAGACAAUUGCAAGACGGGAAACGGUAACCUCGUCAACAACGUGAAAUUUCAAAAUAAGCAACCAAUCGAGUUAAUAAGACUCCUCGUUUCCGACACAACUUCUUCAUCUUACAAUACUCUUUUUUAGUUCAACUUGAAAACUCUUUUUUUCAAAUACAAAUGCCUAAUUGCGUAACUUAAGAAUACAAAAUCUUAUUAGCGAUGAUACAUUGGUGGUGGAACAUAAGCAGCUUAAAGAGGUCUAUUCAUGCUCCAAUUAAUAGACACCUAACUGCUAAGCCAUGCACAAAUGCAGUGGUGCACUAAAGUUUCCUUUUGUGUGGACUCUGGAGAAAAGUAGAUCACAAGGAUCUAUUCUGCGAGGCCUUAGGCUGUUUUCAUGGAUUCAAUCCUCCUGGUCAAAUGACAACAAGUUUACCCAUUACACCGAGACUCCCUUUCACAUUGCACCAUAUGUUAUUGCUCACGAAUCAGGCCAAAAAAUACGUUAUCAUUCGACAUUGAGUCGUAAGAUUUAUGAUGCUCAGCCUAAUGAAGUGUGUAAAGCAAACAGGAACAUAACGAAUUUGAUUCGAAAUGGUCGACUGGGGGAUGCCAGAGGAUUAUUUGAUAAGUUAACUCAUCGAAACACAGUUACAUGGAACUCAAUGAUCAGUGGGUACGUGCAAAAUCGUGAGAUUGUUAAAGCACGAAACCUGUUCGAUGAAAUGCCGCAAAGAGAUGUUUUUUCUUGGAAUUUAGUGAUUUCGGGGUAUUUGGCUUGUAAAGGGAAUGGGUAUUUGGAGGAAGGUAGGAAGUUGUUUGAUGAAAUGCCUGAAAGAGAUUACGUUUCAUGGAAUACGAUGAUUAGUGGGUAUGCUAAAGCUGGGAAAAUGGGUGAAGCAGUGGAGAUUUUUGAGUGUAUGGAUGAUAAGAAUGUUGUGUCGUGGAACGCGCUGAUUUCAGGGUUUUUAAGGAAUAGGGAUGUGAAAACUGCUGUUGAGUAUUUUAAGAAAAUGCCGGAGAGAGAUUCAGCUUCUCUUGGUGUGCUUGUAUCGGGUUUGACGCAGAAUGGGGAAUUGGAUGAGGCGGAACAUGUUCUUUAUGAAUUUGGAGAGGGUAGUGACGGGAAAGAAGAUUUGGUUCAUGCUUAUAACACGUUGAUUGCUGGAUAUGGUCAGAAAGGAAGGGUUGAUGAUGCUAGACGUCUUUUUGAUAAAGUACCAUGUUGUAGUGGUCAAGGAAUUAGUAGAAAUAAGAGAUUUGAGAGAAAUGUCGUAUCAUGGAAUUCCAUGAUCAUGGCAUAUAUCAAAGCAGGAGAUGUGGUUUCUGCAAGAGAACUUUUUGAUCAGAUGACGGAGAGGGAUACAUUUUCAUGGAACACAAUGGUUUGUGGCUAUGUUCAUGCCUCAAAUAUGGAUGAAGCAUCAGACCUGUUUUCUAAAAUGCCGAAUCCUGAUGUGCUAUCAUGGAAUUCAAUAAUCUCGGGAUAUGCACAGACGGGAAAUUUGGAAUUGGCACAUGAUUAUUUUGAAAGGAUGCCCCACAAGAAUCGGGUUUCUUGGAAUUCCAUGAUCUCCGGUUGUGAAAGAAAUGCAGACUAUGAAGGAGCAAUAAAGUUAUUCAGUGAGAUGCAACAGGCAGGAGAGAAACCUGAUAGACACACACUCUCGUCACUUCUAAGUGUUUGUGCUGAAACUGUGGCUUUGUUUCUAGGUAUGCAGAUUCAUCAGUUAGUGACAAAGACUGUUAUACCUGAUAUACCUUUAAACAAUUCCCUAAUAACUAUGUACGCAAGAUGUGGCGCAAUACAUGAAGCCAGGACAAUUUUUGAAAGGAUGAAAUUUCAAAAAGACGUAAUCUCAUGGAAUGCAAUGGUCGGAGGCUAUGCAUCCCAUGGUUUUGCAUUUGAAGCCCUAGAGCUUUUUGAAUUGAUGAAGCGCCUUAAAGUGAGACCAACUCGCAUCACGUUCAUUUCAGUUCUGAAUGCGUGUGCUCAUGCUGGUUUAGUGGAACAAGGUCGGUUAUAUUUUAAAUCUAUGGACUCUGAAUUUGGCAUCAUACCUGAGGUUGAACACUUUGCCUCUCUUGUGGAUAUUGUUGGUCGACAUGGACAGCUUGAGGAGGCCAUGAAAGUGAUUAACACUAUGCCAGUGGAGCCAGAUAAGGCUGUCUGGGGUGCAGUACUAGGUGCUUGUAGGGUGCACAAUAAUGUUGAAUUGGCGCGAAUAGCAGCUGAAGCGCUAAUGUGCCUGGAACCAGAGAGUUCAGGUCCUUAUGUUUUACUGUAUAACAUGUAUGCCAAUGUUGGAAGGUGGGAUGAUGCAAAUGAAAUCAGAAUGUUGAUGGAAACAAAUAAUAUAAGGAAGGAGGCCGCUUAUAGCACGGUGGGCUCAACUUCCUCAUAGUGAUUUGCCAAUAUCACACGAAGAAUUUGGAUCGAGGAGGCUAUUUUGGGGUUUAAAUCCUUAGAAGGGACACAUCAUGUGUAGUAUACUUCUGAGCAUUUGCACUUUUCCUGACUUUGACAAACAAUGCAACAAUGCUGUUAAACACCUAUUGAUGUUUUGGAGCAUUUAUGUAUACAGUUUGAGUGUUGGAAUUCAAAGAAUUGAGCAUAGUGAAUUCUAGUGGAGCAGAAGCUUGUUUCAUGAAGAAGGACCACUAACAAGGCAUGGUCUCUAUCGAUAACAUCGUGUGAUCGCCAGGUACACUGCUCUCUGACAUCAAGCAUUUCUACCUGAGCAACCAGAAGAGAGAUAAAGCUUAUUAGGUAGAGGACUUUGACAUUAAUGAGAAUGCUCCAACUCCUAGACAAUGUAUUCAAAUAACUGAAGAGGAACCUGUGGGGUUUGAGGAUGACGCUGAGAAGCUAAUUUAUCAACUGACGAGAAACGGAGGAUUUGAAUAUUAUAUCUAUUGUUGGGAUGCUGGUCUAUGUUCGAGCAUGGUGUACUGUCUCACAAACAUAUGUAACGUCUGUCGAUUAAUACUACUUGUUAAGCCCCUUUAGGGGUAGUUUCGUCUUUUCCUUUAUACCUUACCCAUAAACAAUUAAAAACCUACUUUUCCAUCAGUUUUAUACGUUGAAACUUAAAACUCCUACGCUUUCCAUUAGUUAAACGUUGAAAAAAAUCCCCGUUUCC